UCUUGUUGACGUCUCAACAAAAAAAAAGAAGCAACAAACUGUGAUUGGUGCUCACUGGGACUAUCUGCUUUUUGCUGUGAGGAGGACACUACUCUCCAGAGCCUGUAAAGCUUCUGCAACCCUUGUGAUUGUUAUUGCAUUCUUUCCAUACACACAAACACCCAUCAGAGAGUGACAGCCCAACCUACAGUUACCUCCACAAGUCAGGAUGGAGGAGCACAUUUACGCGACGGGCAUGGCCGCCAAGCUGAGGAGCCAGUGGGAUCGUGAUGAUGGUCUGGGACAGAAUCACAAGGCUGUAAAGUUUCUGGGUCAGGACUAUGAGUGUCUGAAAGCCCAAAGCCUCCAGAGUAGGAAGCUGUUUGAGGAUAGUUUGUUCCCUUGUGCCACAUCAUCUCUGGGAUUCAACGAGCUCGGCCCGAGAUCCUCCAAGACGUCCGGCGUCCGCUGGAUGAGGCCUACGGAGUUCUGCAAGUGCCCCGAGUUCAUCGUAGAUGGAGCUUCUCGCACAGACAUCUGUCAGGGAUCUCUGGGCGACUGCUGGUUGCUGGCAGCCAUCGCCUCGCUGACCUUAAACGACAACCUCCUCCACAGGGUGGUUCCUCACGGACAGUGCUUCCAGCAGGGAUAUGUCGGCAUCUUUCACUUCCAGUUCUGGCAGUUUGGCGAGUGGGUGGAGGUGGUGAUCGAUGACCGGCUGCCGGUGAAGGACGGGAAGCUGCUGUUUGUUCACUCGGCCGAGGGAACUGAGUUCUGGAGCGCGCUGCUGGAAAAGGCCUACGCAAAGUUGAACGGCUGUUAUGAGGCUCUGUCAGGUGGCAGCACGUCCGAGGGCUUUGAGGACUUUACGGGCGGUGUGACGGAGAUGUUCGAGCUGAAGAAAGCCCCCUCCGACCUCUACAGCAUCAUCAGCAGGGCCAUAGAGAGAGGAUCACUGCUGGGCUGCUCCAUAGACAUCACGAGCUCCAGUGACAAGGAGGCCGUCACGUUCAAGAAGCUGGUGAAGGGACACGCCUACUCUGUGACCGGUGUGGACGAGGUCGCAUACAGAGGAAAUUUGACCAAGCUGGUUCGCGUCAGGAACCCCUGGGGGGAAGUGGAGUGGACCGGAGCCUGGAGCGACAACUCAAGAGAGUGGGACAGUGUGGAUCGCUCCGUCAGAAGUCGGCUACAAAACCGAAGCGAGGACGGUGAAUUCUGGAUGUCGUUCAGUGACUUCCUGCGUGAGUUCACUCGUCUGGAGCUCUGCAACCUGACGGCUGAUGCUCUGCAGAACAGCCAGAUGAAGAAAUGGAGCUCCUCGCUGUAUCAGGGCGAGUGGAGGAGGGGCAGCACUGCUGGAGGCUGCAGGAACUUCCCAGCAACCUUUUGGCUCAACCCUCAGUUCAAGAUCGUGCUGCACCAUCCGGACUCUCCCGGCCAAUCAGAUUGCAGCUUCCUGAUUGGCCUCAUGCAGAAGGACCGCAGGAAGAAACGGCGGGACGGCAAAGACAUGGAGACCAUGGGGUUUGCACUCUAUGAGAUUCCAAAAGAGUUUGCGGGCAGCUCAGGCGUCCACCUGAAGCGAGACUUCUUCCUCACCCAUGCCUCCAGCGCUCGCUCAGAGCUCUUCAUCAACCUGAGGGAGGUCAGCUCGCGGUUGCAGCUGCCGGCCGGGGAAUACAUCAUCGUCCCCUCCACCUUCGAGCCGCACAUAGAGGCCGACUUUGUCCUCAGAGUUUUCUCUGAGAAGCCCGCCGACUCAGAGGAGCUUGAUGAUAAAGUUAUAGCAGAGCUUCCAGUAGAGACUGAGCUGGACGAGAGCCAGAUCGACGCCAGCUUCAAGAAUCUCUUCAGACAGCUGGCAGGGCCGGACAUGGAGAUCAGCAUCACAGAGCUGCAAACCAUAUUGAACCGGAUCAUCAGCAAACAUAAAGACCUGAAGACGGACGGCUUCACAAAAGAAGCUUGUCGCAGUAUGAUAAACCUCAUGGACACGGACGGCAGUGGAAAGCUGGGCUUGACAGAGUUCCAUGUACUCUGGGAAAAGAUUAAGCGAUACCUGACCAUAUUCAGGCAGUUUGACUUGGACAAAUCGGGCACUAUGAGCUCCUACGAGAUGAGGAUGGCUCUUGAAUCUGCAGGUUUCAAAUUGACCAACCAACUGUUCCAGCUAAUCAUCCUGCGCUACACCGAGGACGACAUGGCUGUCGACUUUGACAACUUCGUCACCUGUCUGGUCCGACUGGAGACCAUGUUUAAAACCUUUCACACCAUGGACACCGAUAAAGACGGUUUCAUGUCCCUCAACUUCUCGCAGUGGAUUACCCUGACCAUGUUUGCCUAGAGAUGAGAGGACUCCCCCUGUAAAUGUUGCACUGCCUCCUGCUGCAGCUCCAGGCCCAGUAUGUGUUGUUUCAGAAGUGCCUUUUUUUUCCUCCACCAGUUCUUCCUCUCGCUGUUGAUGCGCACCGAUGCUAAAAGACUGUAAACUCAUCUUUACAGUGCCUACAUUGAGAAUGUGCCAAUCCCUUUUUAUUUGUCAGCUGUUUUGCCAACAGAGGGGCGCUCAGUCCUCGUAGCCUGAGGGUCAACAGUGCGGUCACGCUGACUGAGUUACUCCCUUAUCUCACCUGUUUAAAGACCAUUAUAGAGGUAUAAAUGGACGGAGGUCAACUGGGAAAUUAGUCAAUUGGUGGAUUUUUUUUUUAUAGUGUUUUUAUCCGUAAUUGGCAAUCAACAAUUACUCAUUUAAUGAUUCCCUCAUAAUAAGCAAGGGAUGCUUUUACAUAGCUACAUUCAUCCACAGAGGGAAAUUAAUGCUCUUUUGACCGAUUUCUGAUUAAAUCGAACUCAUAAGAGAAAACAAUCCUGUGGCUAGUCCACCAAGAGUUAAUGUACUUGAGGACAAUCUGCAAAGCUCUCCUCUCUGAGCUUUUUUAGUUUCUUGUAAAACUACAUUUUAGGUUUAGCCUGCGGUCAGUUAUCACAAUCUUUGUGCCGGAUGUGGAGAGCUUGCCGAGUGUGCCAGCUCGCUCUCCAGCCUGCAUAUGAAUGUGUGGAAUAUGUAUCUCUACUCUGCCUUUUUGUAGCGACGUUGCCAGCGUGGCACUUUCCGUUUACAUCUUUUGUCAAACUUUGCUUUCACCUCGGCGUCAAGAGUCAUCUCGUGAAGCUUCACUGGGUCCUGCAAUACGCAGACGAUGGUGUGCUGUAUCAUAGAGAAUAUGUUGCGUUAUAUUUCUUUUAAAAAUAAUUCUGUUUAGCUUUAAGACAUAUGUAUCUUUAUGCAUGGCACUUUUUACUGACUGUUUUACAAAACACAACAAAAAUAUUUUAUAUCAUGAUUGGAAGUGGAUGUUGUAGAGGUUUCAAAAAGGGAUGUGUCGGCCUUUCCAAAGGGAACAAGAACACAUGAAUACUUUAGGUGAAAGGUCAACUAUUAUGCAAGAUGGAUUGAUAUUUUGUAUGCAUGCAGUGCCAAAUGUGAUAUUGUGUCUGCUUGCCUAGUUUCUGUUCAUCCAUGGGAGCAAGUGUUUUUAUAUGAAGAGUUGUAUUCCAAACAUAAUGUCACUUUUGGGAGGAAAUAGUCUUGAAAGCUUUUAAGUGUGGAAAAUAAGAAUAAGUAAGUGUUUUUAAUGCCAAAAUACUUUGUUCUGCCAAUUAUUUUUGUGUUAGUGUAAAGUGGAACAAUUGAAUUUGAAACAUUUAAUCAGAAAGUGACAGCCAAAUCUUUGAGUUUAUAUAAUACUCUGACAAUGCCAGCAUUCAUUUUUUUGCAGCGUAAUGCUUAUGUAACAUUACCUAACGUUUACACUGGUAACAUUCUGGGUCCCUUUGGACCCAAACAUCUUGCAAUACAUUGGCUAACUCUGUAGCAUCUCUGUAAAACUUCAAUACACACUUUGAAAAUAAACAUGGUGAUUUACGA